AUGAUAGAAAUUGAAUAAAUUGUAGAUCUCAUAUCCCAAAAUUUUGAUAAGAAAAAUGUAACAAUACAAAUUUAUAGUAGGAAUAAGAUUUUAUAAUGGAUAUCUUUAUUUUAGGCAGUGUAUUUAAAUAAAAUAAGAUUGAAAAUUAUGAAUUUUUUUAAUACUUUUUGAAUUAAAUAUUGAAUGUAAGAUAGCAAGUGAAUCUUUAAAUCAUUAGUACCAAUAGAAUAAAAAAACUAUACAACGAAUAUUAUAAUAGCAAUGAAGAUGUAAAAAUACAAAUAAUAUUCUAAUUAUUAGAUUAUUUAAUUGUACUAGCAAUUGGAGAUGGAAAUAUAUGAUGAACCAUCCAAGAUCAAAGUUAAAUAAAUGGAAAAAGACGAAAAAAAAAAUAAUAUUUUACAAAAUUUUUAAUAGAAUUAGAUAGAUUUUAAUCUUAAAUAAAAAAGCAUAAAAAAAGAAAAUGAUAAAGUUAAAGAUCUUCUAUUAGAAAGUAAUUAAUUAGGAUUCAAGGAGCACAAGUAAAAUUCGUUUUUAUAGAACUAGAAAUUAGGCUGAAGAAUAAUAAAAUGGUCCCAAUAAUUUUGAAAAAGCUCAUCAGAGUUUAGAUUAAUAAUUAAGAGAUAGAGAAUCACCUGAAAAAUAAUAUUUAUAAAAACACAAAGAAGAAAACAUUGAAAUAAAAUGUUCUAUAUGCUUAGAUGUAAUAGAAUAUAGUUAAAUCAUUAUCUUAAAAUGUUCACAUUAAUUUCAUCAAAUGUGUAUUAAUCAACAUUGUUUAACUUAAAUUUAGUAAAGAUCUUUUCCAAUCAAUUGCCCUAUUUUGGAAUGUAAAUAAAGUAUCGUUUACACUGAUUUGAAAGACAUAUUAGAUGACUAAGAUAUUUAAAAAUAUUAAUAAUUCACAUUCAAAUAUUAUGUUGAAACACAUAAUGACGAAGUAUUUGCUAUAUUUAUUCUAGUAUUCAUGGUGUCCAACUCCAGAUUGUUAAUACGUAUUUAUUGCUGGAGAUAUAUAUUUUAGUUGUCCAGUUUGUUUGAAAACAUAUUGUUUAAGUUGUAAGGCAGAAUAUCAUCAUAAUUUGACAUGCGCAGAAUAUUUGAAAAAUUAAAAACGAUAAGAACUCAAUAGUGUAUAUCAAUAAAAUUAAUUUACUAAUAAUUUAAACAAACUACAAUAGAACUAGUAAUAAAUGAUAUCCUUUCAAAAUCCAUAAUUUCCUAACCUAUAAAACUAAUUUUAAAAUUUAUCAACUGAAAAAAACUAAUUUAUAAAAUCAAAUAAUUAUCCAAAUUUUCAUUUGAAUUCUUAUACAAAUUAGUAUAUUCCUCCUUAACAAUAAUUAUAAUUUGUGAAUUUUUAACUUUUGUAACCAGCUUUAUAAAAUCCAAUUGAAAAAUAAUAAUAAUAAAUAAUAUAAAUUAAUUAUAUAGAAUUUAUAUUAAAAAAUAUAAUUUGUGACAUGGAAUAAUUCUGCUCUUCUUAAGCACUUAAUCUAGUUGAGAUCCAUCAGCAAUUAAAAAGUCUUUAAGAGCUUUCUUUUCAAAAUCAUGGUAAAUCUAACACAUUAGGUUUUUGGAAUGUUGAAUUUCUUAAAUAAAAGUUUGAAUUAACUGUUACCAUAAUUGUCUUCUCUAUAAUAAAUAUUAAAUGCCUAAAUAGAUUAAAUAAAUAUUAAAUUAUCAUUUAAAAUCCUAAUAAAUAAAAAUAAUUAAAUAUUGACAAAAGAAUGAAGAAUCUAUAAUCCUUAAUAAAAGAAUUCACAAAUAUUUAAAGUUACGAAAAAGAAAUUAGAAAAAAACACUCAGAACCCUCACAUAGAAUUUAAAAUCAUCCAUCGACUCUAACUAGUAUCAACCCACCAACAACAUUCUCUAAUUGA